ACAGGUUCCAGAAGCCGCUGGACCAAUCACAAAGCGCAGCACUUCUCGCUCAUGCGCACUGGGCACCCGGCUGUCAACAGUCAUCUCCUGUACUGUCCGCAGUCUCUGUUCAUCUCCUGUACUAUCCGCAGUCUCUGGUCAUCUCCUGUACUGUCCGCAGUCUCUGGUCAUCUCUUGUGCUGUCCGCAGUCUCUGGUCAUCUCUUGUACUGUGUCCGCAGUCUCUGGUCAUCUCCUGCUAUGUCCGCAGUCUCUGGUCAUCUCUGUACUGUGUCCGCAGUCUCUGGUCAUCUCCUGUACUGUGUCCGCAGUCUCUGGUCAUCUCCUGUACUGUGUCCGCAGUCUCUGGUCACCUCCUGUACUGUGUCCGCAGUCUCUGGUCAUCUCCUGUACUGUGUCCGCAGUCUCUGGUCAUCUUCUGCAGUCUCUCCUGUACUACGUCCGCAGUCUCUGUCACUGUGUACUACGUCCGCAGUCUCUGGUCAUCUCCUGUACUACGUCCGCAGUCUCUGGUCAUCUCCUGUACUAUGUGCAGUCUCUGGUCAUCUCCUGUAAUAUGUCUGCAGUC